AUAGAUUUUAAUGACAAGAACAUAAAGAAGGCACUGAAACAUUUAAAUUCAUUUCUGGAGGAGGAAAAUUUAGACAAGCUUAGAAAGAUUUUGCAGCUUUCAAGAGAUGAAUGUGAACUUGAAAUUGGUCUGGGAGUUCAUCUGUUUUCAAAAUUGAUGGGAGAAGCAUACACCAGCAGAGAGAAGAAUUUAGAAAGUUGUCCAUGUGGUUGUAAGGAAAAGCUUCUAGAUCUUCAAUAUAUGUGGAUAGGAUCUGAAAACACAUGGUAUGGAGAACUGGAUAUUAUAGCUGGAAAUCUUGUUGCUGGAAAUUCUGUCUCAGUUCUUGUUAAAAACAGAAGUAGAAGUGUUAAUUCUGAUAUACAGAAAGGUGACGAAAUAGACUCUGAAGGAGAUGAAUCAGAAGAGGAAGAAAAUGACAAUGCCACGGAGUUAAGUGACAGUGAUCAGUCAGGGGUGAAAUAUUAUGAACAUGCUGAGGCCCUUAAUCAUGUUAUUGCUCAGGCUGUAGUGUUUGCGUUUACAGAGUACAACAGACAUGCUAGUCAAGGAAAAGUUAUACCUUCAAUCUACAUUGAUAAAUCAUGUUUUCAGUAUGUCAUGUACUGUCCUGUUGAUGACAUAAUGCUUGUUUCAAAUUAUAUGAUGUAUAUGGAUAUGGAAAAUUUCGAUAAAAAAUCAGGUUUUAGGCCAUUUGUUGUGUUAUGGAUAAUCCUAAAUCACAGAUUGUUCUUUAAAAAAAGUCCAGAUUUUAGCAAGCGCUUUAUCAAAAGUGGAUUCCAUGAGAAAAUAAAUGAUUUGCAACGGUUCCAAAAAUUGGCAGCAUAUUCGAAAAUUAUUCGCCUUCCAGAGCAGAAAUUAAAUUUUCCAAAUGACACACCCAAUACUAUUGGUACUACGGCAAUGGACUGGUUCCUUGAUAAGUAAGAUUUCUGUGGAAGCUCCCCCCCCACUCCCUGCUUAAAUGCUUCCUAGAGCAGGAAGUGCUUGUGGAGAGCUAUUAUGAUCACACGCUGUCCGUCGACAGUGAAUCCAAACUUAAAACAAUUAUACUCCUCCUUAAUUAUUGUUCCUUGGCAAUUAAUCAAUGAAUUUAGUUCUACACUGAAUUACCAGAGCAAAGGAUUAGAACCAUUUAAAAAAAGAAUUGUCAGAAACUGGUUGUUGGUUGAUGCUAAAAUUGUUAAAAUUAUUCCGAUUCCUGGAAAAACAUGUCCUUUUAACAGGAUCUGAUAAGUAAAUUUUUACAGUGGCAUUGUUGGAAAACAUCUGCCUAAUUUGAAAUAGUUCAAUAAGAAAUAUAGGUGACCCUAACAAGAUUAUGAGUCCUCUGCCGCGAGGCAGGAGAGUGGUAAUACGAAUGUCCUUCACCUGUCCGUCAGUGGUGACCGCUGAGUGGUCUGUCCUCAUGCACAAAUGUGGUACUUAAGUGGCUAUUGGAACAAUAGGUAACAGUAGAUAUUCUUUGGUGCUACAUGAUUAGUGCUAACUGCGUUAAGAUAAGUGUUUCGAAUAUCAUUUGGCUCAACUUAUUAAAAAACAAAAUAAAAAAAAGAGGUAUUGUUACAGUAAUGAUUGUAUGCGUUGACGUUGCCAUCAGCAUAUUUACCCUAAUCAUAACUUUUCAAGUUCUUAGUGUAUUUUGUUCAUACUUGGCCCCAACAAUUCUUUGGACAAGACCUUCAAGUAGACUAGAGUAACCUUGACCUUCAGUCAUAAAUGACCUCGACCUUUAAGGUCAAAUAUCUAAAUCUUGCUUGUUUUUUGUUGAUUUUUGCUGUCAGUGGGUAUACAUAACUUUGUUAUUUAUGAACGGAUUGUCUUCAAACUUGAACAUACUAAUCUUUUAGAAAAGACCUUUAAGUUAACCAGAUAGACCUUGACCUUUACUCAUUAAUGACCCUAACCUUGAAUGUCAAAUUAUUGAAAUUUUUAUUUUUUUCUUGUAACUGGCUAUAAAUUUGUUAUGAAUGUAUUGACUUAAUUUUAUAACGCUACAUUCUGUAGGAUAAGGCCUUCAUGUUUAUCAUACUCAAACUGACCUUGGCUCUUUAAUGAUUAUGACCUUGAAGGUUAAAUUAAUGAAUUUUCACUGAUUUUUGCUAUAACUGACUGUUACAUGGUAAUGAAUCAAUGGAUUAUCUUCAUACUUUGACAAAACAACGUUUUAGACAAAACAUUGUAAAAGGUUGAACCUUGAGCUUUAAAUGAUCAGAUCUUGACCAUCAAAGUCAAAGUAUUUAAUUUUGGUUAAGUUGUCAUAAUUUUGUUUAAUAUAUAUGUAUUAGAUUCAUACUUGGACAAAAGAACACUUGUGACCAAAAAGACACAUGGAAUAAUUUAGAUAUGACUUGACCUUUAAAUGACCUUGACUGUCAAAAGAUUGAAUUUUGAUUAUAUUUUCUUAACAUUGUCAUUUAUUUAUAGAAACGAUUCAUAUUUGGACAAAACAACAAUUGUGACUAGACUUAAAAAAAGGAAAAACUUAUAUUGUUUUUAAGAUUUGUUUAAACUGUCUAUUUGUUUGCUUUUAAAAAAAGUAAAAAGUCGAGUGUUGCCUGGCCUGUUGAUGGCUCUUGUAAUUAUCAAUUAAUUAUUAUUUGUUUACUUAUACUACAUUAUAAAAGCCAAUCUGUUGAAAACUAUUUAUUAAACUAGUUCAACUUAACAGUGAAAAAAUGAACAGAUGUGAAUUAACACCACAUGCAAUGCUCUUAUACAAAUAAUCAUAUUGUUAACUUCAUUCCAAUUUUGUUUUCUAAUUUUGUGUCUGCUUUUUGUUUGAAUGGUCAUAAAUAAUAAGUUUCAUAUUUGGGAUAAUGUGAUAAAAGGACAAGAUGAUGCUCUGCAAAAAAAAAUGUUGUUUUUGUAACUGUAUAAAUAUGAUUAUGAUCUUAUGUUUGAAAUAAAGUCUUUGAAAUUCAA